AUGGCCGAUACUGAGGAGCCGCAGUACACUACGUUGGCGGAAAGGAUCGCGGCGCUCAACAAGAACAAGACAUUUGCCGCCAACGGGCCAUCAUCGAAGCCGGCCAGACCACCGCCGCCGCCGCCGCCAAAUCGCACUCCAUCUGGCCUCGGCGCUUUAACUGCUGCGAAGCCUGCAACACCCGCGCUUCCUGCCCGGCCAGCCAGAGGCAACCCCCCUCCCCUCCCUCGCAGAGACACGCAAACAUCAUUGAACGGUCAAGAUGCGGCCCGUCCGCCCUUGCCCUCCAGAAAGUCAUCUACACAGCAGCCCCCGGCAUUGCCUCACCGCCCGGCUUCUACGCAAUCAAAUGGCUUUUUAAGUGCUCGGCGUGACUCAACAUCCUCCGAGAUCUCGCAAAACUCGACCAGGUCAUCCAAGUCUGUCGGGCAGAGCAGCUGGUCUACCGCGAGUCAGAGUUCCACCGCUCCAGCUACCAGAAAACUGCCACCAAGCCUGUCACAAGAGUCGCAGAAGCCUGCCCCAACACCAAGUCUACCCCCCAGGCUACCUGCCAGAGGAAACAAGCAGGAUGCGACCCCAACAAGGCCGCGCAUCAUGGGCUUCGGAUCCUCUCAGGCCCCAAAGCUAGCCACCAAUGGGCAAAACUCUUCGCAAAAUACUAGCAACACUGCGCAAAAAGACUCUGACGGACCUCCACCUAUUCCCACCGCCUCUCGGCCUUCAGCGGCCCAGAUCAACGAAGCAGCGUCUCGGAAAGCCCGCCCUGCACCAGAGCUAAACAAUUGCUUUGCCUGUCGAGACUGGAGCGCACCUGAUGCCGUGGCAGCGCAAUAUCCAAGACAGUCGGUUCCUCGCAAUGAUCCAGUUGGUUACCUAGCCCACAAUCUGUGCUCUCCCUUCCCAUCCUACAGUGACAAGGCCAGAGCCAUCUUUACCUGGUGCCAUCACAAUAUUGCGUACGACACCGGAGCUUUCUUCGGUAACAAUGUUCAGCAUCAAACGGGAGAAUCCACCAUCUCUAGCGGCCUGGCUGUCUGUGCCGGCUACGCAGAGACAUACAAAUCUAUUGCAAACCGAGCUGGCCUCGAGUGUGAUGUUGUGGGCGGCCACGGUAAAGGAUUUGGCUACACCCCGCUCAAGGAUGGCGAGCCUGUUCCGCGAGCCGACCCCAGCGGUCAUGCCUGGAAUGCCGUGCGGAUCGAUGGAGGAGGAUGGAAGCUUCUUGAUGCUUGCUGGGGCGCCGGCAAUGUAGACGGCGCUACGCAGAGCUUCAACAAGGUUUUUGCCCCUGUUCAUUUUGAUGUGACAAAUGAGCAGUUUGGUGCCCGACACUUUCCUGAAAACCCAAAAUUUCAAUACCGCGAGGAUGGCCGCACUAUAGGCUGGGAAGAGUACUACAGGGGCCGCGCCAAUGGCGAGCCUGUAACUAUCUUCUCAAAUGCCGGCGAGGAAGGCAUCAACGAAACUAGUAUGGAGCCAGCGAACAAGCAUAUCCAGGUCAACAGUGGCCAGGUGGUUCGGUUUCAGUUUUGCAAAACCUGCCCCCACUGGAAGUCAGAGAAGAAUGGCAAAGGCAAGCCGCCCCUGUUUGUUCUCAACAUACACGGCCUAGACGGCCGCAAGGAUGAGAUGGUGCCUAUCGAAACCGACGGGUAUUGGCACUGGAUUGAUGUCAAUGCUCGUGAUCUCGGAGCACCCGGCCAAAAGGUUGAAGUGAUGCAAAUCACUUCUGUUGAUCACAAGGACGCUCGCGGCCUCACUGCGCGCGAUUUUUUGGCCGCCAAGGGCAGAAAAGCUAUGGCGUUUUCAUUCUUGACGCAGUGGAUACUUAAGUAG